AUGGGGGCUAUCAUUGCCGCUCUAGCUGUCCUCCAAGAUCAACCAGCAUCCAGGUGGCCACUCAAUAAAGCAGGCCUCACACUGAACGCCUUCGUCUCCAUCCUUUCUCGCAUUGCGGGUGCUGCACUUCUGCUUCCUGUUGCCGAAGCUCUGGGGCAGCUCAAGUGGAUUUGGUUCAUCAGAGGUGAUUCUAAGAAGAUGUGGGAUUUUGAAAUGUUCGACAACGCUUCUAGGGGACCUUGGGGUGCAUUAUUGUUGCUGAUACACACGAAGGGCAAGACCAUUGCCGCCCUUGGGGCUCUCGUCACAAUCUUCGCUUUAGCACUCGACCCAUUCUUUCAACAAGUCGUCAGCUUCCCUGAAGAUUGGACGCUACAGGAAGCAAACAGUUCGAUAGCUCGUGCUGUACGAUACGAACCAGAGAUUAGUAUCGACUACGUCAACGGACUUGACAUAAUAAACCUGGAUCAGCACAUGACGGCUGUCACUGAUCCCUUUUUCGUCGGUAACGGAACGCAGCCGAUACCCUUUGGCAACGGCUCCCGUGUCGACUUUCCGCUCGCUUGUCCCAGUAGUAAUUGCACUUGGCCGACAUACGACACACUGGGGGUGUGUAGCAAGUGCGUAGAAGUGCCAAAGCUUCUCGAGUUCGCGUGUAUCUACACGACUGUCGACUGGACCUCAACGUUGAAUAUGUGUGGCUAUUUCCUGAACUCUACCAGCGUGGACCCUAUACUUAUGUCGGGGUACAUGGUUGAUAACAACGGAAAACCAAAAGGCGAGGCUCUAUUGAUGAGAACACUUCCUCUACUUUCUAAUCCUCUUCGCGAACCUCUCUGGGGGGCUGGCACCAUCAACUUUAAGGAAAUACGCAACCCAAUCGUGGACGUCCUGAUAUCUAGUAGCGCCGAAGCUUCCGAUGUCUUCGCCAACAAACCACCAGUGUUGCAAGAGUGCGUUCUAGCAUGGUGCGUCAAAACUGUAAAGUCCUCUUAUUAUGUCGGCACAUACAAAGAAGACGUCACUUCUACCAUGAUAAAUAACACUUCCGGUCCACAGCCCUGGUCAGCCACUAAACUCGAAGACGGCUCUACUUACACGGACUAUCUGGAGAAUGUCACGAUCGCAGCACCGUCAACCGGGAAAAACUUCUCGCAAUGGGGGUGGGGCGUCAACAACGACACAAUGUUCCAAACAGUAGUGAUCUUUGAUCGCAUGUUUCCGGCAUUCACUACAGUCGGUAAUGACUCGCAACGAGUACUUCGCUGGAAGACGGGCCACCCCACUGAGGUCAGGACAAAACGACCUGAUUUCAACCCUUGGUUGCUUCCCAACAACAUCACGCAACACAUGGAUAGAUUGGUGGAAGCUAUGACCAAUGUCAUCCGGUCAUCGUCCAGCAGUGAGCUGAUUACUGGUGACGCUUUCGACAAUGAGGUGUACGUUCGUGUGCGUUGGGCGUGGCUAUCGCUUCCACUUGGUUUGUUGCUCAUCAGCUGUGUGUUCCUUCUCGCAACGGUCAUCAAAAGCGGAAUCGAGAAGGAGUCAGGCAAAGAACCUCAAGGUCCGACUGUCUGCGACAAGAGGAUGGAGGGCAUCUGGUCUAAUUUUCUCGCCGUUGACACCGAAGCCAUCUAA